UUAAACUUUAAACCCAGAAUUAGGGUUUAUGCUCUAUCGCGCCAUAUAGUGAAAGCCCUUGUGAUUCUGAAUCCAAGCGUCAAAAUUCCAGUGAUUAUUGUUGCGGGUUAGAAUGACUAUCUCCAUGGCUUUCUCUAAAUUAUCAUCUUGUGUUGCCAUAGCCGCCGCGGCUGCGUCCGCAUCCACGCUUCAGAACCACGCGUACGCUGACUCGCCGUUUCGCUUCUAUCCAUUCUCUUCUUCUACUUCCUCAUCGCCGUCUCAAGAGGACGAAGCUUCGAAUGCAAAAUCCGAACCUGAAGAGCCAAGAAGGUUAGAGUUGGACCCGGAGGCACUGGAGAGAGGUGCCAAAGCUCUUCGUUAUAUAAACAAAUCUCCUUUAUCUAAACAGGUUUUUGACCUGAUGAGGAAGCAGGAAAAAACUCGCUUGGCAGAGUUGGAUGCUGAGAAGGCACAUUACGAAGCUAUUCAAUCUCAACUUGACAUCGAAAGGCAAAGGAAAUUGGCUGAAGAGCAGAGAAAUCUGGUGCAAAAACAAGCUCAAGCAAAGGCACAAAUGCUGCGAUAUGAAGAUGAGUUGACAAGAAAAAGGAUGCAGGAAGAUCAUGAGUCUCAAAGGCGCCAUAAUACUGAAUUGGUUAAAAUGCAAGAAGAAUCUUCCAUAAGAAAAGAGCAAGCAAGACGAGCUACGGAGGAGCAGAUCCAAGCUCAGCAUCGGCAGACAGAGAAAGAAAGAGCAGAAAUGGAACGGGAGACCAUUAGAGUUCAAGCCAUGGCUGAGGCUGAAGGCCGUGCCCAUGAAGCAAAACUUACUGAGGAACAUAAUAGGGAAAUGCUCAGACAACGUAUUCACGGUGAAAGAGAGAAAUGGCUCGCCGCGAUUAAUACAACAUUUAGUCAUAUUGAAGGGGGUUUCAGGACAUUGUUGAAUGACAGAAGUAAGUUGCUUAUGACUGUUGGAGGAGUUACUGCGUUAGCAGCUGGAGUUUAUACUUCUAGGGAAGGUGCUAGAGUUACCUGGGGUUACGUUAAUCGGAUACUGGGCCAGCCAUCUCUGAUUCGAGAAUCAUCCAUUGCUAGAUUUCCAUUGUUAGGGGUUGCAUCUCAAGCAAAGAACAAAAUUUUGAAAUACAGCACUGCAGCUGGGACUGCGGGGCCUUCAGAAAAUAAAAAAGGUUUCAGUAAUAUUGUUCUUCAUCCCUCAUUGCACAGGAGAAUAGAGCAUCUUGCAAAAGCUACAGCAAACACCAAGACUCACCAGGCACCCUUUCGCAAUAUGCUCUUUUAUGGACCUCCUGGCACUGGUAAAACUAUGGUUGCAAAGGAGAUAGCUCGAAAAUCGGGUCUAGAUUAUGCCAUGAUGACAGGAGGAGACGUUGCCCCAUUGGGGGCACAAGCUGUCACCAAAAUCCAUCAAAUAUUUGAUUGGGCUAAGAAGUCAAGAAAAGGUUUACUCCUUUUCAUUGAUGAAGCUGAUGCUUUCCUAUGCGAGCGCAAUAGUACACAUAUGAGUGAAGCCCAACGAAGUGCUCUCAACGCAUUGCUCUUUCGAACUGGUGAUCAAUCAAGAGAUAUAGUUCUCGUCCUCGCCACAAACAGACCGGGAGAUCUAGACAGUGCUGUUGCUGAUCGUAUUGACGAAAUGAUUGAGUUCCCUCUUCCUGGUGAAGAAGAACGCUUUCAAUUGCUGAAGCUUUAUUUGAACAAGUACCUUUCAGGUGAAGGCGACAAGGAGUCCGGCUUGGGCUCUUUAUUCAAGAAGCCUCCGCAGAAGAUCACUGUUAAAGAUGUUUCUGAAGAAGUGAUUCGAGAAGCUGCUAAGAAGACAGAAGGGUUCUCUGGCCGUGAGAUAGCUAAACUCAUGGCAAGUGUCCAAGCCACUGUCUACGGAAGCCCUGACUGCGUAUUGCGUCCCCAGUUGUUCAGGGAGGUUGUAGACUAUAAAGUUGCUGAACAUCAUCAACGAAUAAAAUUGGCGGCUGAAGGUGGUCAACCAACUCAUAUGGGGAAUUAGCUGCUGAGGUUUUUGAACUCUUCGGCUCUUCCUCUUAAGAGAAUUUUGUUAUUUGAAUUUUGAAGUUCAUAUAAUGUUUGAUCAAUACCUAUAAUUUAUACUAUCUUCACUCAUUUAGGAGAGAUGGGUUCAGCAGAGUUGAUACAAGUCCUCCUUAGCCUAACUUCUCAUGAAAUCUGUCACCCAAUAUUUGAACCAGGAAAAACGGGUUGAUAGUCUAGAACGACAUUGUACAAGAUUGCCUUUUGGGCAUUAGAUGUGUGCAUAAAUGUGGACUAUCA